GACUCCUGGAGGAACCGCGGGGCUGCAUGCGGAGAGAGAAGGAGUAAGAAGAGGCAGAAGAAGUGCAAACUAGGAAUAAAAGAAGCAAAAGUAGCUGUUGUCGAGCUGCAGCAGCGUUCCCAGUUUGAGUGAAGAUGAAGGUCCUGGUCCUAGUUCUGGGUCUUGCCCUGGUCCUGACGGUCUGUGUGGCCCGCUCUCCGUACCAGGCGGUCCUGCAGCACAGCCGGAUCAGAGGCCGGAUGCAGGGGCAAAAUGUUUGUGCCAUGCAGCAGAUUAAAGGUGCCGACAAGAAAUAUUUCACCAACUGCAAACAGUGGUACCAUCGCAAGAUCUGCGGAAAACCCACGGUGAUCACCUACGAGUGCUGUCCUGGUUAUGAGAGGAUUGCUGGAGAGAAGGGCUGUCCUGCUGCAUUGCCUCUGGUGAACAUCUACAACACUCUGGGCGUGGUCGGAGCCUCCACCACUCAGAUGUACUCUGAACGGGCCAAACUGAAGGAGGAGAUUGAAGGUCCAGGGAGUUUCACCUUCUUCGCCCCGAGCAAUGAGGCCUGGGCUGCCCUGCCCACGGAGAUCCUGGAUGCUUUGGUGAGCAAUGUGAACAUUGAGUUGCUGAACGCUCUUCAUUACCACAUGGUGAACCGCCGCCUGACAUCCGAGGAGCUCAAACACGGAUCGACCUUCGCCUCCAUGUACCAGGACUUUGACGUCCACAUCCACCACUACCCCAACGGGAUCGUGACGGUUAACUGCGCUCGUCUGAUCAAAACUGACCAACACGCCACCAAUGGCAUCGUGCACGUGGUGGACCGCGUCAUCACCGCCAUUUCCAACAACGUGAACACGCUCAUCGACGUCGACGAUGACCUGGAGACACUGCGAACGGCGAUGGCGGCUGCGGGUCUAACCGCCAUGUUGGAGAACGAGGGUCAGUACACCGUCUUUGCUCCCACCAACGAGGCCUUUGAGAAGAUUCCUCAGGAGACCCUGACCAGGAUCCUGGGAGACCCCAUAGCUCUGAGAGACCUGCUGAACUACCACAUCCUGAAGACCAUUCAGUGUGCCGAGUCCAUCGUGACGGGGACUCCCAUGGAGACUCUGCAGGGGACCACGCUGGAGGUCGGCUGUGACGGAGACCAGAUGACCCUGAACGGGAAGGCCGUCAUCACCAAGAAAGACCAGCUGGGAACAAACGGAGUCGUCCACUACAUCAACGAGCUGCUCAUCCCUGACUCAGCUAAGGUUCUGCUGGAGCUGGCUGAAGGUUCCUCCGUUGCCACGGCAACCAAGCUGUUUGUUGAGGCAGGCCUGAGCCCCCAGCUGACGGGCUCCGAGGCUCUAACCCUGCUGGCUCCUCUGGACGAUGCCUUCAAAGGCAGCGUGACAAUGAAUCCCAGCAUGAGGCUGCUGAUGACCAAUCACAUCCUGAAGGAGCAGCUGUCGUCUAAAGCGCUGUAUCAUGGUCAGGAGCUGGAGACGCUCGGAGGACUCAAGUUGAGAGUGUUCGUCUACAGAAACAACCUGUGCAUCGAGAACGCCUGCAUCGCCGCUCACGAUAAGACGGGCCGGUACGCCACCUUGUUCACCGUGGACAAAGUCCUCACCCCCCCGAUGGGGACGGUGAUGGAUGUGCUGAAGGCCGAUGACCGCUUCAGCGUCCUGGUCGGAGCCAUCCAGACCGCGGGGAUGACCGAGCUGCUGAACCAGCAGGGGGCGCUCACCUUCUUCGCUCCAACCAACGCCGCCUUCAGCGCCAUGUCUCCGCCUGAACGCAACAAGCUGAUGCGUAACCGUCAGGAGCUGUCAGCUUUGCUCAGGUAUCACCUGGGGGACGGCAUGCUGGUCAGUGGGGGAGUGAGCUCUCACACCAGACAGAAACCUCUGCAGGGAGAGAGACUGGAGCUGGGCGUGAGGAACUACACCGUAUAUGUCAACAGGGUCCCCGUUGUUGACGCAGAUCUGAUGGCGACUAACGGAGUCGUCCACGCCGUCAACAGUAUCAUCAAACCUCUGCCUCCUAAGGUGGAGCGAGAACAGGCUGACGGACCCGCAGCUCCACUCAGAACAGCUGCUUCCUCCAGGGCUGACUCAAAGGGCUUCAGGAAUGACGAUCUUUUCCAGAAGGUGGUCCGGAGUCGCUCCAGCAGGACGAUGAACAAAAGUCAGUAAAUCUACAGAGAAGAAAAAGUCGCACAGAACAUCUGAGGAAACCAAAGAACACAGCAUUGUGCUCAUCACAAAGUGUCAAAGGUCACAAGUACAAGAUGUCUAACAAUCCCCCUGAAAUCCUCCAACACUGCCAACCUCUGUUCAGUGUUUGAUGAACAUUUUCAUUCUGAAACUUCAAAUGUAAACUCAUCAGUGAUUCAUGGAGGCGCUCAGGCUCAUGCAGGCUGCUCUGACCUGCUGAUUGGUGUGUGAUUAAAACAGAACAUCAGUGGAAUACACAGUUCAUGAUCAUAGUCUAAAGUUCAUUCAUAUAAAACACAAGUGUCCAUUUGUUACACUGACAAACAUGUUUAUUACUGCAGGAAACAAAUUCAUCUGUGUCUUUAACUGCUUUUUUUAGUGAAACUAAACAUUUAGCAUCUCUGGGGAUUGUUGAAAUGCAUUCUGGGAAAUGUAGUAAACUUGGUAUUCAUUAUGUGAUUCAGUCUUGGAGGAUCUGAGGAGGAUUGUUUAGUCUGUGGAGAAAUGAGAAAAAAACAUUUUAUAUUUUUACUGUUUUUGUGUACUGUAAAGAAACAUUAGUUUUGACUAAAUGUCACCUUCUGAAGUUUGAACUUUUUCUCAUGUAAAACUUUUGUAAAGUGUGUUGUUGUUUGUGUACUCUUGAUUGUUGUGUUCCUGCAGCAUGUCGCAGGACUGAGCUCCAAACCAACAAAGUAGAACCUGAGCUGACGUUUUUUUUUUUAGGAUUUUUGUAAAAAAAUAAAGCAGAACAUGAGCUCUGAAAUGUGAA